AUGGAAGAUCUGAAAAUCCUGUCCCUAAAAAUCACUGCUCUACUUCUGGUAAGCUACUUCUUUCUGAAAGUUUUUUACUCCAUCUGGUGGAAGCCAAAAUGGCUUGAAAGGCGCUUAAAACAGCAAGGAAUCAGAGGCAACCCCUACAAACUUCUGAUUGGAGACAUGAAAGACUUCAUGAAGCAAAUCACUGAAGCAUGGUCUAAACCAAUGAGCCUUUCUCAUCAGAUUGCACCGCGUGUCGAUCCCUUCACUCUCAACACAGCUCAAAAAUAUGGAAAAGUAUCACUAUGUUGGGCAGGGACAACUCCAAGGUUGAACAUUAUGGAUCCUGAUAUAAUAAAAGAAGUGCUAGCUAACAAGCAAGGUCACUUUGGUAUAACACCACUGGCGUUGAACCCUCUGAUACUCAUUCUGACAGAAGGAUUGACGCUUCUAGAGGGUGAAACAUGGGCUACUCACAGGAGGAUAAUGACUCCUGCAUUCAACUUGGAGAAACUAAAGGGAAUGGUAUCAAUAUUUGCAGAGAGUUGUGUCUUGGUGGUAGAAAAGUGGAAGAAAUCAAUUGCUCUUGGUGGAACCUGUGAAAUAGAUGUCUGGCCUGAAUUUCAGGACUUGACUGGAGAUAUUAUUUCUCGGACAGCAUUUGGAAGCAACUUCAACGAAGGAAAUCAAAUCCUGAAGCUUCAGAGAGAGCUGCAAGGUUUGGUUGUUGAAGCCAUGCAAAGCUUGUACAUUCCUGGUCUCAGAUUCAUUCCAACAAAAAAGAACCGGAGAAGAAAAAGUUUGGACAAAAACAUUACUUCAAUGCUCAAGUCUUUGAUUGAGAGAAAGGAAACCCUGAUGAGAACUGGACAAACAAAUACAGAUGAUCUACUUGGCCUACUCUUGCAGUCGAAUGAUGAAAACAGCCUACAAUCUAGUCCACAGAACAAAAAUGGUAACAAGAUGACCAUCAAAGAAAUAAUAGAGGAAUGCAAGCAGUUCUACAUAGCUGGUCAAGAGACAACCUCAAGCUUGUUAACAUGGACGAUGAUCAUCCUGGCAAUGCAUCCAGAGUGGCAAGAGCAAGCAAGGGAAGAAGUUCUAGCAUUGUGUGGGAAACAGCAUCCUGAUGCUAAAACUAUAAGCCAACUUAAAACUGUAACCAUGAUUCUUCAAGAAGUCCUCAGAUUAUAUCCACCGGCUAUCGCUCUGUAUAAACAUACAUACCAGGAAACAAAGAUAGGAAAUCUCUCUCUUCCAGCAGGGGUAGAUCUUACACUGCCCUUAUUACUCAUCCAUCAUGAUCCUGAGCUAUGGGGCAGUGAUGCAGAGGAAUUUAAACCUGAAAGGUUCUCAGAAGGAUUGUCUAAGGCUUCGAAAAAUCAACUAGCAUUCUUCCCUUUUGGGUGGGGUCCCAAAACCUGCAUUGGCCAAAAUUUUGCACUGAUGGAAGCAAAGAUUGCAUUAUCCAUCAUACUACAAAAUUUCUCAUUCGAGCUCUCACCAUCCUACACGCAUGCCCCCAAUACUGUUAUGACUCUUCAACCACAACAUGGAGCUCCCAUCAUAUUAAAGGAAAUUUAG